AUGCUAGGUUCUAUUCAAAGAGGAAGAGAAGCAGUGUGCCUGAGAAGAGGGCUAGAGCAGUGCGAUGUUAGGUUCUAUCCAAAGAGGAAGAGAAGCAGUGUGCCUGAGAAGAGGGCCAGAGCAGUGCACUUCUUUGCUAUGGAAGACACGGAUUCAGUUGCUACGCUGAUAGAUUCUACAACUUCCAAGAUACAACAGCUGCAAAAGGCGUUUGCUGAACUUGAAAAUUACCGUGCUGUUACUCUGAACUGGAAAUGGAAAGAACUAGAGGAACAUUUUCAUGGUCUUGAAAAAUCCUUGAAAAGGCGCUUUCAUGAAUUGGAAGACCAGGAAAAAGAGUUUGAGAACAAAACGAGGAAGGCUCGUGAAAUACUGGAAAAGCGGCAAGCAGCUGUUUAUGCCAAGGAGCAAGCCACGUUGCAGAGGCUUCAGGAGAAACGAGAUGCUGCUGUAUUUGAUAUUGUGACUGCUCGAGAAAAGCACAGGAAGGUUUCGUCAAAUGAAUUAGCUAUUGUCUCUAAUAGGGGUAAUGGGACGCUGUGUGUGGAGGAGAAACCUGUAGAUGCUGUGUCGUUUGUGGCUAAAGGUAAUUUGGGAGAUGUGGAACUUUCUCCUGAAAAUGGAAAGGUGGAGUUGUCUUAUCCAGAAUUGCUAAAAUUAUGUAAAGAGAUGGAUGCUGCUGGACUUCACAAAUUCAUAUCUGAUAAUCGCAAGAACCUUGCUGCUGUAAGGGAGGAAAUACCACAUGCAUUAAGAGCUUCUCCUAACGCUGCCUGUUUAGUUUUAGAUUCUCUGGAAGGAUUUUACUGUACAGAAGUGUCAAAUCAGGAUGUAAAGAAGGAUGCUAACUUAUUGGGUCUUCGCCGAACAUGUAUCAUGCUGAUGGAAUGUCUAUGUGAUUUCCUGAGCAACUCAAAUAGUGUUUCUAAUGUAAUUUCAGAAGAUAUCAAGGACAGGGCAAAGGCAGUUGCUGAAGAAUGGAAACCCAGAUUGGAUGCUCUUGACAUGGAUGCUAGCAAUGGGAAUUCCUUGGAGGCUCAUGCAUUUUUGCAACUUCUAGCCAGUUUUGGUAUUGCAUCUGGUUUUAAUGAGGAGGAGUUAUCCAGGCUAAUUCCAAUGGUAUCCCGACGUCGGCAAACUGCUGAUUUGUGCCGUUGUCUUGAGUUGUCAGAGAAGAUGCCUGGUGUCAUCGAAGUUUUGGUGAAUAAUGGGCGGCAAAUUGAUGCUGUUAACUUGGCAUUUGCAUUUGAGCUUACGGAACAAUUUUCACCCAUUCCUUUACUGAAGUCUUACUUGAAGGAUGCUAGGAAAACUUCUUCUCCCGUCAAAAGUGUUAACUCAUCUCCCACAUCACAGAUUGAUGUUAAUGAGCGAGAGCUGAUUGCACUUAAGGCUGUAAUUAAGUGCAUUGAAGAUCAUAAACUUGAUGACCAGUAUCCUCUGGAUCCUCUCCAGAAACGAGUGACCCAACUCGAGAAGGCGAAGGCUGACAAGAAAAGGGUAACUGAAGCAACAAAGCCUCAACCCAAGAGACCUCGUGCCAACGGUGCGGGAUAUGGUCCACGUGUCACUAACUUUCCAUCUGACAAAACUUCGUAUGCUAGAGUUGCUGACAGGUAUCCUCAAUAUGUGUAUGACCGAUCUUACAUGUACCCUGGACCAACUGACAAUCACUGCCCCCCUCUCAUGGGUUCUGCAACUUACAACAUCUCUCCCAGUCCUGUCAACUACUUUGGGAAUGGUUAUCAGUACCAAGCUACAUAUCUCCACUAG